AUGAACACCAUUAUGCAUAUUUAUGGCGAUCCAACAGCUGUUCGUACUAACGAUUGUAUUCAACAAUUAAUUACAGUGAAGGAUACACUUCAGUUUGAUAUAGAUAAAUGUUUAGACGACGAAAAUGUAAUGAAAGAUAAUGACGAUAAGAUGGAAUUAGACAGUGUUGACGAAUUAUUACAUUCUUCAGAUGCCAUCAUUCACCAAUCACCUUUCAAUACUGAAAUGAGAAAAAGAAUAUCUUUGAUGGAUAAACAUUUGAAUAAAAGUACAAAAUUUAAUAAUAUUACCAAUUCCAAUUUUUCUCGUCGUAUUGUCUUAUUAUAUUAUCGGUGGUUUGCAUAUUUGCCAUUAUUUUCGUGUCUCUUAUCAGACUUUAAAGAACGAUAUGCCAAGGACAAACAGGUGACGGUAACAGAUAAAACACUAGGACGUGCCAGGCUAUCAAAUGCCGUCGCCGAGAGUUACUUUCAAAUCAUCAAAGAAAGUAUAUUACAAAAUAAAAGACGAUUACGACCAGUAGAUGCUCUUAUAAAAAUCAAUCAGAGUACACUGGCUAGACUAAAAGCCGGUCGUUAUGGAGUGUCACAAAAAGCAUCAACACGUAAAGCUCGUCCUGUUGAUGUAUUGAUACUAGAGGUUUGGCGAAAACGAAGAACUCAAGUACGACGAAGUAAAUCUGAUGAUACUCUUCAACACAAGACAAAAAAGAAUUCUUUAGAUAGCUUAACAGAUUCUCACCUGAGUGAGGAUCAUAACCUAUCGAUUAAUUCUGAAUCUGAUAAUUCGUGGAAUUAUAGUAAUAACAAUGUUAGUUGCAAUAAUAAUAUUAAUAUUAAUAAUGUUCUGAAUAUAGAUGAUAAUGAUGAGAUAUUAAAUACAAGUGUUAAAUCGAAUGACAACCAAUUACCUCCACUUCUCAAUGAUCAUGAAUCAGAAAUGAAUUUUAAUGAUACUGCUAUGAAGGAUGAGACAAGAAGAAGUUUACGUCAAUGUACAAUACCAAAACAAUAUAAUGACUAUGAUAUGCCAGCUCGUUCCUCUAGCACAUCGGCAUUAUCUCCAAAACGAACUGCUUCUUCGUUAACCGUUACUUCAUUAUCUAAUUGUUCGUCUUCUGAUAAUUCAUUAAAUCAUAAGCCACGACCUCCACCAACAAAGAAAAAUCAGAAAAGACAAAAAAUUAAAGAAUCGCCUAAGCAGUGGCUGAAAUCGGAACAUCCAUGUACAGCUUUAAUUGAAAAAGUAACAAUUCCUUGGCCUAAAUAUUCUAUUAAAAAUGCAAUUUUUAACGGUACAAAAUAUUCUGUUAUUAAUACAUGUCCAUUAGACUCAGCAUUAUUUGUUCUAUAUUAUGCCUAUGUUUCUUAUUCAUGCCAGUUUCGAGCCUUCGUGGAACGAAACCUAUCUACUGUAAUUUACCUAAGACAUUUCAGCUGGUGGAAAGUGAUGGGUGGGAUACAACUCGUUUAUAUUGGCUUAACAUUCAUAAAAGAUUAAAUUCCUCAACAGCAAAUGGCAACAACCAAUAUAAUUUAUUUGGCACUGUUGAUGAAAAUGUUUUUAGAUAUGUUCGAACAAUGCAGGAGUAUGAAAACCCA